UUCACCUCAACUGUUUACGUUUGCCCAGAAAUUGGGUCAGACGCCCAUUCGCAUUUGAUUGGACAAAACAAGCACACCUCCAGCUAUAUGUCCUUGACUGACUAAAAACAGCGCCAGCUGGAGACUGAGAAAAUAAAUAACAGCGUUGCAUAUUUUGUAGUUUAAAGAGAAUUCGUUGUUGCCAAACGAGAUUAGGAAUAGAUCUUCAUAACUUUUCUCUUGUACAUUCGACUUAUAUCAAAAUAAGUGUAACUUUAUAGAUUUAAGUUUCAGAUUCCAUUUUCAAAAUGAAUGGCAGUGAUUGUGACGAAAUGGAAGAGCCUACAACCAACCACGUAGGAAAUGGUUAUGCUAAUGGAGAGGACAGCGACACUAUAGAGUUUACAGAUGAGGAAGUGUUGGAUCCCUUCUGCAAUCCUGACCGUCCUGUGGAGGUGAACUUUAAUGACGUCAGUGCUGCUGCCUACAAGAUCAAAGGGGGCAUUGAGAGAACACCUUGUAAUUUAUCUCAGAUGUCAAAGCAGUAUGAUAUGAAGCUCUACUUCAAGAAAGAUUUUCUGCAAUACACUGGCAGUUUUAAAGAGCGUGGUGCCAGGUACACACUUCUUCAACUAAGUCAGGAGCAGGCCAGGAAAGGUGUGGUAGCCGCCAGUGCAGGGAACCACGCCCUAGCCCUCUCCUACCAUGGCCAGCUGCUUCACAUCCCAGUCACUGUGGUCAUGCCCAUUGUUGCCCCCAUGAUGAAGGUGGAGGCCUGUCGACAGUAUGGAGCUAAUGUUGUCAUUUACGGAAAAGAUUUCGGAGAGACUAAGCAGUAUGCCAUGCUACUCAGCAAAAAGAAAGAUUUACUUUACAUCAAUGGCUUUGAUCAUCCUCAUAUUUUGGCUGGACAGGGCACCAUAGGCCUGGAGAUCAUUGAACAAGUUCCGCAAGUUGAUGCCUGUAUUAUCCCCAUUGGUGGUGGAGGACUUAUAGCAGGUGCUGCAGUAGCUUUGAAGAAUCUCAAACCCAGUAUAAAAAUAAUUGGUGUGGAGUCUGAGAGGUCAACAGGAUUUCAAGCCGCCAUGGCAGCAGGGAAGCCUGUUUACAGUCACGUCGGCCAAUCUCUAGCAGACGGUUUGGCAGUCCCAGUUGUAGGUGUCAAUGCUCUAGCCACAGCCAGAAAAUUGAUUGAUAGAAUCGUCACUGUCACAGAGUCAAGUAUUGCCCUGGCCAUCUUGAGACUUAUAGAACAGGAGAAAGCUGUAGUUGAAGGUGCUGGUGCUGCCGGUCUCGCAGCCAUCAUACAGGGUCUGGUCCCUGAGCUAAAGGGGAAAACUGUGGUUGUCACCCUUUGUGGAGGUAACAUUGACACAACAGCUUUGGGCCGAGUGAUUGAAAGGGGCUUGGCAGCUGAGGGCAGAUUAAUCAGAUUUGGUGUGACAGUGUCUGACAGGCCAGGUGGCAUCGCCGAGUUGACAAAGAAGAUUGCAGACCUGGGAGUCAGUAUAAAAGAUAUUCUUCAUGAGAGGGCCUGGUUGAAAACUGAUGUCUUCUCAGUCAUGGUUCGCUGUGUGGUGGAGACGAGAGACCUGCACCACGCCCGGCAGCUGGAGAAAGUGAUGCGAGCACAUUACGAGCAUGUAGAGUUUUGGCUGGAGCAGUAAGGCAGGGGACGUCACUCCCGACAUCUUUGUAACCCUAGAUUUAACUAGCUUCCUGUUCAAAUGAUGCCCACAAGGACACUUUACACCACAACAUAAGAGCAUAAUAAAUACUUCCCAGAAUAAUUUCAACCCAAAAAUUAAAAAAAAAAAACCUCUUCAUUAUUAUAUUUUUAAAAAAAUCCUUGUAUUCUAUCCACAAAGUAUCCUUCUCUUGACCAGAUUUAGCAUCAUUCAAUAUUAUAAACUCAUAUUCAUCCCAGUAUUUUUCACUCUUUUAAACCAUUUUUUAAACUGAUUUAAAUAACCAUUUGGCUAAUAGCUUGACCAUCAAAGCAUCCAGCUAACAUUAUCUGCAGCAGUGAAAUUCAAGAGCUUGUGCAAAUAUGAAGACUGCUGUUGAGUUCAAUGACGCCACACUUGAUUAGAAACUGAUCCCCUGGUAUUAGUUUCCCCUUUUUCUUUUCUUCAUUAGCAUUGUAGCUACAAAUAUUUCUUGCAGCCAGCACUGAGGGUUUUUAAACAUUAUAUUAUUUUGUUUUGGCUUGCUUUUUUUUUCUUGUAUAAAAAUCUGGAUAUUUUAAUUUUCUUUGAAAACCCUUAAAACAAAAAUAAGUGGCUGUUUUAAACGGGUUUGAUGCAUUUUAAUUCAAAACUCAAGGGAUUAAUUAUAUAUUUCUCAGUUGUUUCUUCCAGUCAGAUUAAUUCUGUCUUUUGGUUUAAUCAUUUAAUCUUGAAGCUGACAGAGGAAAUGACACUCUGUAGAAGGGGAGUUGAGUUAGUGUAUACAUGUUUGUUUUUUUAUGAAUGAGUUAAAUGGGCUACACAGUAACAGCUCUUAAAUACCAGUGAAUGGAUGGGUGAUUCCAUUCUUGCCAAAGUAGGGGUGCUAGUGGAUAGGAUGGGUGAUUCCAUUCUAAAAAAGUUGAGUGUUAGUGGAUUCCAUUUUUGCCAAAGUAGAGGAAGAUAGAAUGGGUAAUUCCAUUCUAGCAAUAGUAGGGUGGUAGUGGCUAGGAAUAUGUGAUUCCACUGUUACCAAAGUAGGGUGAGGGUAUGUGAUAAUCUAAGUGAAAGAAUCACUCCCGGUGUGUGAUGUUGAACCCAGUGCUACCAUUCAUAUUGCUUUUAUUGACACGUGUAUAUGUAUGGACUUUUGUCCGAUUAGCUGUACAUUUUUGAAGUUGCGUGAGAAAUGUUUUUUUGAGGUGUAGUGGCAGGCAUCUUGGCAGCUACAUUGCAGCAAGAUUUCUCAGUUUAGACUUGGUUACAACAAGUUUUGUUGUCAUGGAGGACAGCUGGCCUUUUGGUGGUGACCUUUUGGUGGUGCAUUAAUUUAUAUCUAGGGGUGGGGGCUGUGGGGUACAAUAGUUAGUGCUGGCAGGGUAGGUGUUCU